AGCGUGUCUUUAAAUACGACGACGACAAUCACGACGAUGUAAGUCACAAAGGCGACGCUCUCAAUUGGAUAACGUCGUUCUGAAACCCUGGUGUUCUUCAUUUCAAGUUCAACGGAUUGUUAGACUACUAUCCAUUUAUUAAUCAUCCAACUAGUGAUUGCAUCAAUUUCGGAGUUAACUAAGAAGCGUUAAAUAAUUUACUGUGUACAAUGAAAUACCAGAGGAUCAAGAUCAUUCUGCUAGCGUGCACGUGUGUGAUGAUUAAUGCACUCAAACUAGAGCCAGAAGCGUUGAUGGGAAACUUGCCUGGUUAUGCGAUUACCACCGGAAUACAACAACUAAAUUCCACCAAAUGCCGAAGAGAAAUGCAGGUAUUCCGGGACGCGGCAGACCACGGUGUACUUUGGAGUUUGAGAAUGUUGGACGCGAGCGGACAACCAGCGUCAGGAUACAUUUCAGGAAACAACUAUUGGCUGGGAAAUAGACUAGAAUGCAAGUUCCUUAGCCAGAAGAGACAAUUUCCAUUGUCAGAGAAGAAGAUUCGAAAUAAUUCACUCUACCGCAAUCCAGCCGAAGAGUUUCCACCCUUCGAGCUUAACUUCUUUGGUGCUCAUCUCAGUCAGAAUGGCACUAUGCAGUAUCAUAUAAGUCUUCCUUUGGAAGGGACAAUAGCACUCGGACUUUGUCUACCAGCAUCCUGCAGCGAAAACGAGGUGGGUACAAUGCUAAAGAAGGUAUUCGACGAUAGACUUCUUCCAUUUGGACAACUCUAUUCGACGGACUUUGAGUUGAUCAAAAUCUCUAAUCUGAAGGAUGAUCAUGCGUGGCUUCUCAGUGGAACAAUUAUUACGAUUUUAUUUAUUUUGACAGUAUUAUUCGGAACAACGAUAGUAGCCACGUUAUACGAUAUUCUCAUCUACCAGAAACGUCUGCAGAAAAAAACAGACGACUACGACGACCACACUAUCGAAUUGAAGAACAACAGGGUGGAGAAAUCGGAAUAUAAUGAAGAGGAUGCUGUACCAUCAGAACCGAAAGCAGAGAAUCGAAUUGUAAAAAUUUUUAUAUGUUUCUCAGCUUAUUCAAACAUGAAACAAAUAUUCAAAUCAGACAAUAGUUCAAACGAUUUGAAAGCGAUUCAUGGCAUAAAGAUGAUAGGAAUUAUAUGGGUCAUUUUUAUCCACGUUGUAUUAUACGGAGCGAACGCUACAGGUAACAAGGCAGAAAUCGUUAUAACAACAACCGAUAUUGAAUGGCAAAUCUUAGCCAAUGGUACACUGUCUGUGGAUAUGUUUUUCUUUAUCAGUGGUUUCCUAGUCGUGUUUGGAUAUCUGAAAUUACAAAAGAACGUAAAUAACGUUCCAUUUAGCAGGAAUGUAAUGAUUUUCAUUAGUGUAAUCAUCAAAAGAUACAUCAGGGUUACACCGACGUACCUGAUUAUAAUAUUGCUCGGCAUCAUAAGCUUCGCUUGGGUUGAGAAGUUUUCAUUGAUGUAUUUCCAUGAACCGAUACACGAACUAUGCUCAAAAUACUGGUGGAGAAAUAUACUCUACAUCAAUACUCUCUACGACUGGAAUAAUGCGUGUCUCACAUGGAGCUGGUAUAUCGCCGAUAACAUGCAGUUCUUUGUUUUUAGUAUCUUUGUUUUGAUGUUAUCAAGCAGCUACUAUUACACUGCUCUAAGCUUGAGCAUUGCUACUAUGUUUUCAUCCAUGUUGGUGCGCGCUUAUGUAGUUUACGACACAGGAUACAUUCCUACAUUCGAUAUGCAAUUUGAAACGCCUGCAACCGUAUACGUGCUACCAUGGAUGAGAAUACCACCGUACAUGGUAGGGAUGGGCACAUCGGCGUUUCUUGCAAAAUGCAAUUAUAAAUUACAUCUGUCAAAGAAAGCGUUAGCUGCCUGCUGGUUCCUCAGCGUUUUGUGUAAUUGCUCGAUUCUAUUUGGUAUCUCAAAUAGAAACGUGUCGCUUACUGUAUCAGUCCUUUACGAGACGUUUAGCAGAUUUGCUUGGAGCCUUGGAAUAGCGUGGCUCGUAAUCGCCUGUGCCACAAACAAUGGCGGUAUCAUAAAUCAAUUUUUGUCACUAAAGUAUUGGAUUCCCUUCAGCAGAGUAACGUUCUGCGCUUACCUUCUAAAUCCACUCUUAAUACAAUUAAUGGGUAUGUUUAGCGAUUAUCCAUUCAACGUUGACGUUUUAACGACCAGUGUUAGUAGUAUCGGAAUGGUUAUAGUUACUUACUCUGUGUCUUUUGUAUUGUCGGCGAUAAUUGAAGUACCCACGACAAUAUUCUUACGAACACUCAGUAUAUAGUAUGGUGGACCUCGAACUGCACAAAUUACUUUAUUGCAGUUUAUUGCGGGACCAUAAGGGGCCCGCCAGCUAGGCUCCUCAUGCGUGGAUUACACAAUUCAACCUUCAACCCGUUCGAUCUGCAGCGGGAGCAUUGUUGUAGUUUCGAUUAGAUAGAAAAAGGUUAGGUUAGGUUAGUCAGCCAAAAAGUACUAAUACAAAAAGGCCUGAAUGGCUUUAGUCAAUGAAAAAUAAUUAUUUAUUUCAUAUCUUGAAAAAAAAUAUGUUUCUGGCAGCCUGGAAGGCCUUAAUCAUUCAGAAAAUAUUUUUAUUAAACUAUUUUUCGGCUCUGCAGAGCUCUGCAUACUACCAGGUAUACAGUACAGGACCUUCGUACGGGCCCAUUAUGGUACCCGCCAUAAAGUAAUUUGUGCAGUUCAUGCAUGACCGUACACGUCAGUACGUUUCUCUUACGGAUAAACUCUGCGACGUGGAAACUGCAAGAUCGAGCAUUCAAGACCCCUUCAAGCUACUAGUAACCAUACAGUACGUUGUUUGUUGUUAGGCACUAUUAUUACUGUUGCAGUCCGCCCCCAUUUGCUCGCGUUCGUUAAAACCGAGAAAGACUAGAUUCUUGCUUUGUGGAAUCGAAACUAAACCCUCUUAAUUCAAUUCACUUUAAAAUUGUGAAUUAGUGCUGAGUGUAAUGAAAGGGUUAAAAAAAUAAUCGCCGAGAACGACGCGAAAGUAUUUAUUUUUCACGAGAGAGUAGUACUUACAUACCACUGGAUGAGCGAAUUUUGGUUCUGCCACCAUGAUUUACUUCCCAUUGCAUCCGCCAUAUACACGGUGGACAAAAUGAGUACUAAUAUAGGAACGGCAUAUUAUAGGACAGAGGUAGUGAAUAAUUAAUUCACAAAGGGUAUAGCAGGAUAAGAUGGUCAAAAGUGCCCUUGAGCCGGACAAGGCUCAUAGAAAUUGGACAUUCAUGGGGCGCGAACCUGCGACAAAAAACUUUCCAGCGAUUCCGCGGUCAGACACCUUAACCAUUCAGCCACCGACAACGUUGAAAAACUGUCGAAUAUUUUAGGAGAUAACGUGCGUAAUUUUCAAUUAUUUACAAUAACUUCACUCUCUCCAUUUAGAUCUUGCUCCAUCCAAUGCAGAAAUGUUAGAAAUCACAUAAUGCACUAACGAUAAGUGUGUAAAGGAAAUGUAAAAAUUGAAAGUAUUUCUCAUGUUAUCGCACGAAAUAUGUCGAAAAUAUCGGUUUUUGACUUUUUUAAACACGGCGCACCACACUUAAAAAUCUGAAAAAAAUUGAGGACACCAGUCAUGCUAAUAUCUAACUACUGUGAAAGUAAAAAUCUAGUGUUUUG